CGACACCGGCCUACCCCUAACCCUCGUACAUUGACCUCGUUGGAUGGAGUUACGCCGGCGACCUUCGGCUGUCACAUCUCCGGCGACAUAGCCGCCGCGACCCGUAACCCCGGCAGGCUUAGCUAGAUCUCCACCUCCCCCCCCCCCCCCCCCGGUGCUUCUUGAUGCUAGUCUUGGCCGGGUACGGCGCCGUUAGUCUGGACUGGCGAGGGUACGGGCUAUCCGACCAGCCGCUGGAAGCGGGGGCGGCGUCAUACGAUGACCUGCAACAGGAUCUCCUGGCCCUCCUGGAUGCGCUCUCCUUCUGAAGUGAGUUGUCUACUCUACUGCCGGUGCCUGAUGUGCUGCCUACCCAGCGGCCAGCCGGGCUCUGACCAGGGCGUUGAAUCACCGCCGGUUCCAAGCUCCUAUACAAAGAGGCGCACGCAAGAGUACAGUCUGCUUCUGCACGUGAAAGAGGUGAUCGACUGCGGCCCUUUGACAAUGAUGGAGGGCCUCGAUUUCUACCCUGGCAAGGACGAAGACCUCAGCCGCAAGCACAAGUUUAAGAGUCGGGAUGGCAAGAUCGAAGGCAGAAGUCCUGGUAUUCAUGGCCAUGCAUGAUUGGAGUUUUGCUAUGGUCAACUUCUCUCCGGUGUUUAAGUCAGUUUGUAAUGUUUGGUACUAGUUGUUUUUAAUUCAGUUUGAAACUACUUGUGUUUAAUUCAAUUUGUCAUUCGGUUUGAUUCAGAAAUCUGGCAAGUAAGCUAGGUAUAUUGUUUGAUUCAGAAAUCUUGUUAUUCCAUAAACAAAGUGGGUACUCUUUAUCCGACA